CUCAUUCCGCCCUGUGCAGCAUAAAAAGGGAACAGUGGCUGGGCCGUGCACCACAUUCUCUCUCCUCAUCCCAGGCAGGCAGACUCGCUCUCAGCAGCCAUGUCCUUCUCCAGAUCUAGCAUGUCCUACAGCAGCAGCGGUGGUGGAGGCGGAGGUGGCACCAUGUCCAUGAGGUCUGGAGGUGGAGGUGGAAUGGGUAUGGGCUCCUCCCGCUUCUCCUCGAUGGGUGGUGGUGGUGGAGGUGGAGGAGGCCGAGUCACUGCCAUGAGGGCCGGCAGUGUGUAUGGAGGUGCAGGAGGCUCUGGGGUGCGCAUCUCUAGCUCCUCGUUCGGUUCCGGUGGCGGAGGUGGUGGUUAUGGUUUCGGAAUGGGAGGGGGUGGCGGCGGCGGUUGCGGUUAUGGUUUCGGCAUAGGAGGGGGUGGUGGCGGCAUGGGAGGGGUUGGCGGCGGCGGUGGAAGUUAUGGUUUCGGCAUGGGUGGGGGUGGUGGUGGCGGCGGUGGAGCCGACAUUAAUGUGUCGGCCAAUGAGAAGGCCACAAUGCAGAACCUGAACGACCGCCUGUCCACCUACUUGGAGAAGGUGCGCUUGUUGGAGGCGGCCAACGGCGAGCUGGAGCUGAAGAUCCGUCAGUUCCUUGAGAUCAAGACGUCCCCCAGUGCUCGCGACUACUCUGGCUUCUACGCUACUAUCGCCGACCUUCAGGACAAGAUCCAGGCUGCCACCUGCUUGAACGGAAGCAUCUAUCUGAACAUCGACAACGCAAAGCUCGCUGCAGACGACUUCAGAAACAAGUAUGAGAACGAGCUGGCCAUGCGUCAGUCAGUGGAGGCGGACAUCGCCGGGAUGAAGAGGAUGCUGGAUGAGAUGGCCAUGGCCAGAUCUGACCUGGAGAUGCAGAUUGAGGGACUGAAGGAGGAGCUCAUCUAUCUCAAGAAGAACCAUGAGGAGGAGCUGCUGGCCAUGAGGACUCAGAUGACUGGACAGAUCAACGUGGAGGUGGACGCAGCACCACAGGAGGACCUGUCCAGAGUUAUGGCUGAGAUCCGUGAGCAGUACGAGGCCGGUAGUGCCAAGAACCAGCGCGACCUGGAGGCCUGGUUCCAGACCAAGACAGAGACGUUGAACCAGGAGGUGGCGUCCAGCACAGAGGUUCUCCAGACCUCCAAGUCAGAGAUUUCGGACAUCCGUCGUACACUGCAGGGCCUGGAAGCCGAACUGCAGUCACAGCUCACCAUGAAAGGCUCCCUGGAGAACACGCUGGCGGAGACGGAGGGCCGUUACUCCAUGCAGCUGGGUCGCCUCCAGAACCAAGUGACCAGUCUGGAGGAGCAGCUAGUGUCUCUCCGCAGCGACAUGGAACGCCAGGGCCAGGAGUACAAGAUGCUGCUGGACAUCAAGACACGCCUGGAGAUGGAGAUUGCUGAGUACAGGAGGCUGCUGGACGGAGAGGCUAGCAGCCUCGGCCUCAGCUCCUCGAAAUCUGGCCACAGCUCCUCCAGCUCCCACAUCAGCUCUUCUAGCUCCGGCCUCAACUCCGGCCUCAACUCCGGCCUCAGCUCCUCUGGCUCCGUCCUCAGCUCCUCCACCAAAGGCAAUGUGGUGAUCACCGAAGCGGAAAUAGUGGACGGCAAGGUUGUCUCCUCAAGUGAAACCAAACACGCUUCUUAAGGUCCCACACACACAGCGAGCACUGCAGCAAGCAAUGGGUUAACCUCAUAGAAAUAUAAUUACUAGAAUGGGUAUAGGAAAUGAGAGGCCAGUACAUGGAAUAUUACUGCUCCACAUUGCUUUGUUCAUGCAACCUAAAAUACAACGUUUCAAUUUAUACAAAGUCUUCGUCAGAUGAAAAAUCCCUAUUUUCGUUAUCUGUGUAAUUUCUUUAGGCCAGUUCUGAUUAACUCUAGUUUAAGAUGUGCAUAACAUCCUCCAAUACUUUCUAGAAUGGCUAAAGCCCCUCAGACACCCAUCAUGGAACAUUGACUUGAAUGGGGAAUUAUUUUCUGGUAAUUCUAUUUCUAUGGUUAACACCUCCAGAACAACAUAUUCUACUACAUCUGGAUGGGACACCAACAACAGACCCCAUUGUGAAUACAAUAAAGAGGCUCUGACUUGCUGACUUCA